AUGGGUGCUCAGCUUGAAGAUGAAGCGGCAGGUGCCCCAUCUACGAGUACGGGCGAUAUCCCCAUCGAACUCGAGCCUACGCGGCGCAGCGAUGGAUAUAUACCUCCCGAGGACCCAAGUCGGACUAACGUUGAGGCUGGGGACUAUUCAAGGAUGUCAUCGGGCUCAAGAAUAUCGCUUGUGACAAUAGCCAUCAUGUUAGUGAUCUUCGUUGCCCUCUCGCCGCGUCCGUUUUUUACCUCGCUGUUCGUUUUGCUAUCUCUUCUACCGGCGUUUCCCAUCAUUCAUUUCGUUCGUACCAAGUUUGACGAUAAGUCAAUCGGAUGGACCUAUCUUCUCAAUCAGUUGUUGCUGGGCGCCAUUCCUCUCGUACUCUUCACAAUCAUAGCUGAAUGGUUGCUCACAUUCGGAAUUGGCUUCCUCAUUUUCGAAAAAGAGCUGCGAGAAGUUGAGAUCGCCAUAGAUACUCCACCAACUGUGGAUGAGGACGGAAAAAGGCACGAUCUACUUGCAAACGUGCUCGAACAUGUUGCGCUCUGGAAGAUGAUUCUGUUUUUCCUUCUUAUUGCUUUUGUUACGGCUGGCUUCAUCGAAGAGGUGGCCAAGUGGAUGCUGGCCCGCAGAUACAGAAAAGUAGAUCAGGAGAAUGCGGAGCUCGACGCCGACUCAGGAGCGCGUAUUGGAUGCAAGGGCAUCUUAGCAAUAGCUUGUAUGGGCGCGCUUGGAUUUGCAGCCUGCGAGAAUAUGGGGUAUAUAUUGGUAAGCGCAUUAUCAAUUCGCAAGGGAUUUUCGUUCAGGCUUGUCGGGAUCACUCUUCUGCGCGGGCUGCUGGCGUAUCCCUUACAUAUCGGAACGCAGUUCUUUGUGGCGGUGUCAGCAGCUCAGUGGUAUGUCUUCAAAGACAAGAGUAACGUGAUGCUAGCCCUGUUUGUGGCUGUAUUGUUUCAUGGAACGUUUGAUGGGGUUGCGCUGCUCGGAAUGUUGCUAAUUGGAGGGAACAUCAUUCCGUUUUGGGUUGGUUAUCUCAUACCUGUCUUUGAUUUCAUGCUUGUCGGACUUUUACUGCUACUGUGCAGAAGUAGAUACAAAGCGCUUCUGGUAAGAGAGAGCCUGGUUCUCGCCUCCGAGCCAGUGUGAUUGCCAUCGUGCUUGUGAUGAGGAGAUACGUAUAUCCUCAUUUUUCAGUUGGUAUCACUGCGCCCACGUCCUAAGGCUUGCUCUAGGACGGUUAUAAAAUCUGAAAACUAGCGCUGCCUUCAAAUUUCACAGCCACAUAGGAACAUUUCGUGGCAUUGAAGUUGAUGCCGGGGUCAAGGCCGCUUCUUCCGAUCUCACAUGAGUUUUAUAUAUGUCAAACAUGUCAAACAUCAUUCGAUGUGUAACCGAAUACUCCUUGCUUCCGCUGUGUUUACAGGUUCUGUUCUGAGAGUACGGAAUAGCUCUCGGAGCAUUGAAUUUCACUAAAUCUCAUUCGUAAACAUCUUGUAAGAAAAAGAAUACUAUUCUUUUUCGCUCGCAAUUAUGUUUCUGCGACUGAUCCCCACAACA